AUGUCGGCCAAUUUUCAGCUUGCCGAGGCUGCUGCUUUUAUUGUGUGUUCAGUUUUAGUUCGUCUUGGAUACUUCAUUGGCCUCUCCAAAUCCGUUCCUGUUCCCCAGACUAGAAUCAGGUUUUUGGGUUUUCUGUCUGAUUCCAUCCUUCAAGCUUUCCUUAUUCCACAAGAUAAGAGAAUCAAGUUUGCCACCCUUCGUGACUCCAUUCUCCAGUACCGAGUAGUGUCUAUCAAGACGCUUCAGCGAUUCGCAGGCAAGAUUACCUCUUUUUCCUUAGCUGUCCCAGCUGCUCAGUUAUACGCGAGAGAAGUUUACCGCGCUAUUUCUCUGGCAAAUCGUUCCUCUCGGCUCAUCAAAGUUGUUGGUGACCUUCGUUCCGAGAUAAAUCAUUGGCGGUUUUUAGAUUCUUGGUCCGAGCAUCUCCCCUGGAUGGAUGAGCGUCAUUUAGUAGUGAAUGUAACCAGCGACGCAUCCCAAUACUCGUGGGGUGGCAUAGCUUACAAUCCCUCCGGACCGCCCUUAGAGACUCGAGAUAUUUGGAGAGAAGACGUCAGAGACAAACCUAUUGCAGUUAAGGAAGCCCUCGCACUCCAAAUUAAGUCGAACAAGAGUUAUGAACGUCAGAAGUCCUCUCUUUACAAGGAACUUGUAAAUUUUCUUUCUUCUCUCCCGGUUCCAAAAGCUCUUCCUUCCGCUUCUCCAUCAGACAUUAAGAAGUUUCUGGUGUGGAAGGAUAACUCAGGAAAGACCGUUGUUCACCUUUUGGAUUGUCUAGGCCUGGGCCAACGCCAGCGCGUCUCCUGUUCAUGUCCAACCAGGUUGGCUGCUGGAACUGUGGACAGCUUAAUUGGGAAAUUCAGGUCCAUUUUUGUUGAGGAGGGUUUGGGAGGGAAAUGGGACGACCGAUUAGGUAUUGGAAAUCCCGUCUCCCAUCCCUCUAUUAAAGCUUAUUUGAAGUGUGUACGAGAAGAGCAAGCCCAGGCUCGAGUACAGCCUCGUAAGGCCGUUCUCCUUUUUACAAAUAAAUUUUUGGCUAUAGCGCGUUCAAUCCUGUCUAAACUUAGAAAGCCCUACACUUCGCCUUCGCUUUUGUAUAUCCUCAGUAGGGAUCUUAGUUUCUUUUGCAUUGAUUUUUUCUCUGGAAACCGUUCAUCGGACCUAGGAAGAACCAAGUCUGAAGAAGUGCUUCUUUUUCCCAGCUCCUCCGGGUUACUCUUUAACCAUACUUUUGGUAAGACGUUAAGGGGAAAUUCUACACACCCUUUUUCUGUAAGGAGUUCUAGUAAUUCUGAUAUUUGUCCAGUGCGUAAUUUUAUGUUGUAUCUAAAUAUCUGUCGUUUGAUUAGUGUAGAUAUUUCUCAAGGCUAUUUAUUCCGCGCUACCAGCAAAGCUGGCCACAUUUCUGAUAAACCUUUCAUUGGUUCUUCAGUUUAUAAUCGUUUUAAACAGUAUCUUAAGGAUGCUGGCUUAGACGGUGGCGAAACUCCCCACAGCCUUCGCGCCGGAUGUUCUAUUACUCUGGAAUUGCUGGGAGUUUCUAAGUCUGAUAUUGCUAAGCACAUAGGUUGGUGCUCUGCUAGCAUGGUAGAUCAUUAUAAUGACUUAGAGCAGAUUGUAAAACCCGGUUACACAGCUGAAGUUUUGUCAUGUACCGCUUCAUCCCAGGCUUCUUCCUCCGCUACUCAGGAUGCUAUUUCCUUUUACCGGGAUGUAAAUGAACUGAAGAAUUUCAGUCCGGUUUUUCCAUAGUUUGUAUUGGUUUUGCCUUUCACUGUUUUGUGGCUUCAUAUCUUGAAGGUUGUAAAGUUUGCAAUAAAGCUUUUUGAGUUAUGGGGAGAGUUACGGUCAUCUGUGUAUUUCGACUGGGACCCUACCGCCCUGCCUAGCUUUCGGGAGUAGCAGCCGUAGGGCUCGCUUCUUCCCAUAUCUUAUCCUUACCUGGGGCGUUUGGGAGUGAGGGCUCCCAGUGGGAAUUUAUUGCUAUUCUCACUGGGGCCAUCUCGUACAAACGCCCCAAAUCUCUCCGGGAUUCAAGGAUAAAAACCCCCGCGCGCUCGUAGUCUCCUGGGUGUUCUGUUUCACACAGGUUUUGUAUAAAUAGGCCUGUUUUGGCCUGUUUAAUUCUCUUUUCGUUAAACUUUCGCCAGUCGUUAGCUUGGCGUCCCUCCCAAUCAUGUCUUCAUAUCUUUCUCCGCAGUUCAACUAUAUGAUAUUUCGUAUACUCACUUGCAUCAAAGGUGAACUGUCAUAAAACGAGUCAGCAUGGUAAUAAUAGGACGAACGUAUGAAUAGAAACAAAAACUAAAAACACUAUAAAAUUAAACACCUGAUGAUUUCAAACAAUUUCCGUUUUUGAGACAAGUCUAUACUUUUACAAGAUGUGAGUUUGGAAUACGAUACUUCGUACUGGAAUAAAACGAAACAAACCAUUUGUAUUUCAAGGAAAUAUAGCUGUUUUACAAAAAAUUAUAGGAAUAACAUCGAUAGUGUGAA